UGUUCAUUUCCGCUCAAGUUGUCGUCAAAAAGCGUCGUCUACCUAACCUCCAAAUAAGUGAAUUUUUCCUUUUUUUCCGGUCAAAAUAACGAAAAGAUCUGUCACUUAAAAACUAUUUUAACGAACGUAAAUAAAGUUUCAAAGAAGUUUUUAUUCGAAAAUAGUUUCUCUUCGAAUGGGGAAAUUUCCUUCACCUUAAAGAAAGUAAAGGAGGGAUAAGAAGAUAAAGGAAAAUAAGAAAAAAAAGAAACGGAAAUAAAAAUGGAAGAUUACGACAAUAAAAGUACGACCAGUACGAGUUCAGAAGCAGAGAACACAAUAACGUUGGAAAUAAGUGAAAAAAUCGAAGAGGAACUCUACAAAUGGUACUCGCACGGUAUCAAUAAAAAAUUAUCAAUAAAUCAAGCGAUGAUAAAAAAGAAAGCACAAUUACUCUCCCAAGAGUAUGCAACUGACGGGAUUCUAAAUAAAAAUUGGCUAAAUUCCUGGCGGAAAAAAUACGGAAUUCUCCAACUACCAAUAGUGAAUCGAGCGACUCUUGCCCCAACAAAUGAAGAAGUAUUCGACAUGUACUUUAAGAAACUAAUCAAAGACGAAAAUAUAAGUCACGAUCAAAUAUUCACUUGCUGUGAAACGGGACUUUACUACAAAAUGCUCCCAACAAAUGAUCUAAUAUACCAAUCGAAAAUAAAUAUUCCAAACUUCGAUAUAACAACCAAUCGAGUGACAAUAUUCAUCUGUACAAAUGCAUCCGGAACACUCAAAUUUCCCCUUCUCGUCGUCGAUAAACAAUACAAACCAAAAUCACUAACAAACAUAAAACCAACAAACCUGCCACUUAUUUAUCAAUAUCAAAAAAGUGCCUGGGUCGACACAAGUGUCUAUCAAACCUGGUUCGACAAUGAAUUCGUUCCCCGUGUCACGAGAUUCCUUCACGAAAAGGACAUACCACAAAAGGCGAUUUUAAUCGUCGACAACGCUCCACUUCACGCCUCAGAGGAAAAAUUACGCUACGGAAACAUUCGCUCGACACUUUUAAACAUAAACGUUCAAUCAAUAACUCGAAGAAUAAAUCAAGAAAUAAUGAGAGAUCUAAAAAUGCGCUAUCGCUAUCGAAUGCUUCUCUCACUCCUCGAGCAUCAACAUGACAAUGUGGACAUAAUGCAACGUCUCUACAACAUAACAAUCAAGGACGUCAUCUUCUGGUUGGCGGACGCAUGGUCCGAUGUCUCAAUAAUGGGAAUAAAACGCAUCUGGGAACGUUUGUGGCACGAGAAAAAAUUCGUUCAUUUCGAACAGGACGAUUCAAUGGCAAUUUUGGAUCUAGUCAAACUACUCGUGCAAAUUAAGGGUUACGAGCAAGUUGACGCGAAGGACGUUGAGAAACUAAUGGAAAAGGAUAAUAGAGCAAUGUACAAUCUCUCUGACGAGGAGAUCAUCGAAAUUGUCCUGCAAACAAAACGCGAUGAAGAGCAACACAUUGGGAAUGUAAAUCAGGAAAAAGUUAACAAUCACACAGCAAAAGAAUCACUGGAAACUUUAAUAUCAUUCUUCGAGACACAACAAGUGCCCACCGAUACUUUAAUAACAUUAAAUCUACUUCGGAAUAAAAUUAAAACUUCCCUACGAACCGAAGUAUUUCAACAGACGCAAUACUUUCAAGUGUCAAAUCCAUUGAAUAUCGAUCCGUAAAUGGAAAAAGUUAUCGAUGCAAAAUAUGACAUUAUAUAAAUAAAUAUGACAUAAUACUGUAAGUUUGUAAAAAUUUCUAUAAUUAUAAUUGUAAAUUAUAAUUAUAAUUAUGAAAAUAUUCUAAAAAUUGUCCCACCAUUUUGUAAAUUAUUAUACUAAAAGUAUUUGUAUUCGAAAGUUUGUUUGUGUAAAGAAACGAUUUUA